AGUUCAGCCUGGUGUGCGACCGAGGCUACCUGCGGGCGACCUUCAAGAGCGUGUACUUCCUCGGCGGCUUCUUCGGCGCGAUGCUCAACGGCUGGCUCUCCGACAGAUUGGGUCGCAAAACAAUGCUAGUUGUAGGAAGUGUGAUUUUCACUCUUAUGACGAACAUCCUUCCAUGGUUGCCGAGUUUGAACAUCAUGUUGUUUUUCCGCUUUGUUAUGGGCAUGAUGCAGCCGACGUCCGUCCACGCCGGCUACAUACUGGCCAUGGAGGUAAACGAACCGAAGUACAGGACGGCCGUCGGCGUCCUCAUCUUCCUCCCGUUUGCUCUCGCCGUCAUCGUCCUCGGGGGCUACGGCUACCUCCUGCGGGACUGGCGCUGGCUCAGUGUCACGACCUCCCUGCCAUGCCUGCUGUUCCUGCCGAUGCUCCUGCUGCUGGACGAAUCGCCACGCUGGCUGAUCGUGCGCGGACGUUACGACGAUGCGCUGCGCGUCCUCCGGAAAGCUGCGCGCUGGAACAAAGCUCAGCUGCCGCCCGAGGAGGAGCUCCGCGCCCUCAUGGACCACAUCAGGAAGGAGGCACUGACAGCGACUGCGGAAGACGAUGUGACCACCUCAGGGCAUGUCAAAUCCUUGAAGAAUAUAACGAAAGAUGUUUUUGUGCUUGUAAGGAAG